CGGGCCGCGCCGCGGGGCCAUAAAGCGGCGGCGGCGGCGGCGGCGGGCCCCGGUGCCGGUCCGCUCCGCCAUGGCCGUGGCCCAGCGCAGGCUGUCCGUGGGGCUGGGGCUGGCCGGGCUGGCCUGCGCGCUCCUGGGGGGCUGCCUGCUGCUCGUGGGGCCGCUCAUCAUCCGCCACCAGGUCAUCAAGAAUGUCAGGAUCGACCCCAGCAGCAUCUCCUUCCAAAUGUGGAAAGACAUCCCUGUUCCUUUCUACUUGAUGGUGUAUUUCUUCGAAGUGCUGAACCCCAAGCAGGUCCUGCGGGGAGAGAAGCCGGUGCUGAGCCAGCGUGGGCCCUACGUGUACAGGGAGUACAGGUUUAAAACUAACAUCACCUUCUAUGACAACGAUACCGUUUCCUACCUGGAGUACCGGCACCUUUUCUUCCAGCCAGAUUUGUCCAACGGCACGGAGGACGAGUACAUUGUUGUGCCAAACAUCAUGAUGAUGGGAGCAGCUGUGAUGAUGGAAAACAAGCCAGGUUUCAUGAAGUUUUUACUGAGUGGAGCCCUGGCCAGCCUGAAGCAGGAGGCGUUCAUGAACCGGACGGUGGGGGAGCUCAUGUGGGGGUACGAUGACCCCCUCGUAGAUGCCAUCAACUUGAUUUUUCCUGGCAUGCUCCCUUUCAAGGGGAAGUUUGGAUUAUUCAUGGAUUUUAACAACUCCAACUCAGGGCUGUUCACAGUGAACACAGGCAUGAAGAACAUCAGUCAGGUCCACAUGGUGGAUUCGUGGAAUGGGCUGAAGAUGGUGAACUACUGGCGGAGCAACCAGUGCAACAUGAUCAACGGGACAGCGGGGGAGAUGUGGCCACCCUUCCUGUCCCCAACCUUCCUGGACUUCUACAGCCCUGAUGCCUGCAGAUCCCUGAGGCUGGUGUACGAGCAGUCGGGGGAGUUCAAGGGUGUGCCCACCUAUCGCUUCGUGGCGCCCAAAACCCUCUUUGCCAACGGCACAGACUACCCACCCAACGAGGGCUUCUGCCCCUGCAUGCAGUCCGGCAUCCUGAACGUCAGCACCUGUAGGCUCAAUGCGCCGAUGUUCAUUUCCCACCCUCACUUCUACAACGCCGACCCAUCCCUGGUGAAUGCAGUGGAAGGCCUGCGCCCCAACAAGGACCAGCACGGGCUUUUCCUCGAUCUGCACCCUAUGACAGGCAUCCCUAUGAACUGCUCCAUCAAGCUGCAGCUGAACCUGUACAUAAAGCGCGUGUCUGGUAUCACUCAAACAGGGAAGAUUAAGCCAGUGGUCCUGCCGCUGCUGUGGUUUGCAGAGAGUGGAUCCAUCGAGGGCUCGGUCCUAAAGCAGUUUUACACCAACCUGGUGCUGCUCCCGUCGGUGCUGGAGUACCUGCAGUACACCCUCCUUGGCCUGAGUGCCCCUCUCAUUAUCUCAGCAGCUGUGCUCAUGGCAAUGAGGAAGGGAAGCGUCACCGAGAGCAGCGACACGCAGAGCAAAGCCACCCCCUCCUCUGAGACCACGCCACUCCUGUGUGACAGCCCCAGCCAGGACAGCCCCGAGGCCUGAGCCACCCCCGGCACACUUCCCAUGGGGACAGCUCCUCCCUGGGACACCCUCCCAAUGGGACAGCUCCCACUGGGACACCCUCCUGCUGGGACAGCUCCCACUGGGACACCCUCCUGCUGGGACAGCUCCCACUGGGACAUGGCCACGCUGCAGGUGACGCUGCUUUGGAUCCCCAGAGCUCUUUGGAAGAUGAAGUCGUGGACAGCUCGGUCAAGAUCCUGCACAGCCCAGCAAAACCAUGGGACAGCCCUGCAGCUCAGCAUACCUGCUCAUCCAGAAGCCUCAACACUGUCCCAGAACCCUUUUGUCCCCAAGGGCCAGCCUGAGCCACUGCUCUUCUCUCCAGUGGAAUGAAGAAGUUAUUUGCAAUUUAAAACUGCCUAUUGCUAGGGAUAAAAGGCACUCUAAUGGCAGCCUUUAAAAUAAAUGAGGUUUGUAUAGGUAGCACUGAUGGGAUUUAGUGAUCUUUUUAAAAGCCACUGUUCAUCUCACCAAAUGGGACACGCUGUCCUGGAGCCACUCACAGUUUUAUUGCCACUUUUGGACUACACUGCAAAUCAUUUCUGGGCGCUGUCACUUCAGUGAUAUCUCUUGCCACAGUACCUGGAGCCUGCCUGGGGUUGCUCCAGCUUUUGCUUGUGCUGGAGAGGAGUGGUGACUUUCAAAGCCCCAGCUCUGUGCCAUGCCCUUGUGCUCCACAGCGAUUCCAGCUCACAGCCCUGAUACUUAAUCUCUCCUGGCUGAAGGUGGCUGUGUGAGAUGGGCCUUGGCAAAAGCUCGGUGGUCCAUGUGAGGUGUCACUCAGCUCCUGGCAGUUGUCCCUGCUGCCUGCUCUGCCAUCUGGGACCAGCUCUUCUGGCCGUGGCCAUCGGCACUGGGAGCACUGGUCACCCUGGCUGAGCACGGGAGGGGAAGCUUCGCCCUGUCCUUGCGUGUUAAUGAAGAUAUUUGUGCUUUUGGGAAGCAGGAAUGGGUGCAAUCCUGAAAGUAACAAUGGCCUUAAGAACUUCACCUUGUCCUUGCGUGUUAAUGAAGACAUUUGUGCUUUUGGGAAGCAGGAAUGGGUGCAAUCCUGAAAGUAACAAUGGCCUUAAGUAGGGUUUGAUUAAAGUAUUGCAGAUUUCUGAAA